UCUAUCACAUCAGCAGCAAUCUACUCGCACCAUCCCAGCCAAAAGAUGAAUUUCCUCAGCCUCGCCCUCAUCGUUGUCGUCUGUGCCGUGAGCAGCAGUUGGAGCCUUCCCGUGGAGCUGGAUACCGGCGCCAUCAGCCUGCUGGAUCUGGAGGCAGAACAACAACCGCUUGUAGAUGGGACAGAGGCCGAACGUGUGGCGCGUGGACUGGGCGGCUUUGGCGGACUCGGUGGCAAGUUUGGCGGCCUGGGAGGAGGACUGGGUGGGCUCAAGGGAGGAUUUGGCGGAGGACUGGGACACGGCUUUGGCGGCGGCUUCGGCGGACAUGGCUUUGGCGGCGGCUUCGGUAGCUUCAAAGGACUGUUUGACAAGAAGUUCCGAUAACUCCGAUGAUCGCGAUAUCCUAGCUGUAGAUCAUGUUUAUUUUGUAAUAAAUUUUAUUUAAGUGAAA